UACAACGUCCCCCCAGCCGCUUACCUCGCCACCCACCCGCACCUCACCAACCUGGUGGUGAGCGCGCUCAUCAUCCACGCGCCGACGGGCCGCGCGCUCCUGAUCCAGCGCGCCGCGCACGACGGCUUCCCGCUCAAGUGGGAGUGUCCCGGCGGGCAGGUCGACGCGGGCGCCGACGCGACCGUGCUGCACGCGCUGUGCCGCGAGGUGCGCGAGGAGACGGGGCUGGCGCUGCCGCUGCCUCUACCGCUGCCGGACGUCGCGGACGUGCUGGACACGAUCGAGUUCCCUGGCGGCGGUGGAAGCAACUGGCGGAAGAUUACGUUUUUGGUGCUUCUCGCGGAGGACGACGGGGAUGAGAAGCUACCGCCCCCGGUGCGGCUGGAUGAGCGGGAGCAUCAGGACGCGGUUUGGGCGACGGGGGAAGAGGUGCAGGCGGGCAGGUGCGAGGGGAGGGAGAUUGUGUUUGCGUAUGAAGGGCAGCGGGAG